AUGACUACCUCUACAGGGGAAAGAGAAGAAACAAUACCUGCAAGUCAGAGUUGGUGCCCUCCUCCAGAAGGCUUCCUUAAGGUAAAUGUAGACGCGAGUUGGAUCAAAGACAAUCCUUUCUGCUCCAUCGGUUGCAUAGUCAGGGACCCCCAGGCAGUGGUAAUGUUGAGCUCGUGUAGGAAGGUACUUGCUCCAACUCCUCUUAUUGUUGAAACCUUAGCUAUCAGGGAAGGGGCACUUGUUUCCCACAACCUUGGCUGGAACCAAAUUACCCUGGAAUCAGAUUGUAAGGUAGCCAUAGAAGCCUGCACAAAAGGGAAGAAGGUGGGAGAAAUCAAACCAUUGGUCCAGGACAUCGACAACCUCCAACAACAAUUACAACACUGUGAAUUAAGGUGGACACCUAGAAGUAGUAACAAAGUGUCUCACCUGAUUGCUCUGCUAGGCAUGCAAAAUCUCCUACCCCCAGGAUGGCUGUGGAAUCCUCCAAGAGCUCUCAAGGAAGCCCUCAUUGAGGAUGCUAGAUGUAUUCCCCCGCGGGCCAACUGA